GAGUGUGCGUGCGUGCGUGCGUGCGUGUUUGCGUGUGGUCACAGUUCCCGCCAUCAGCCGCUCUCCCUGACUGGGAGGGAGCGAGCGGCCCCACUCCUUGGUGCCCGGUGUCCAUUCCUUCGUUACCCCGGGCUCCUCCCCCUCCGCGCGGACUCCGUGCUUCCGGCGGGCCUGUCCGGGGCUCCGGACUCGCAGGCACAGCUGAGUUGAUGGCUUCCGGAGAACUGGCAUAGCUGCAGAAUAUGAGUAGUUCCCCAAGAAGAGUGCAUUGCCUUUGGCACAAGGAUCAGAAUAAAGGUGAAUUGUUAUUACAUAGGGUUUUUCAGUAAAAGUCACUGAAAAAAUCUGUAAGGUGAAGGUGUAUUUUUGCUUUUUAAUUUGGCUAGAAGCAAUUUAUUUUUAAAGAAAGUAUGUCUCCUCUGAAGAUACAUGGUCCUAUCAGAAUUCGAAGUAUGCAGACUGGGAUUACAAAAUGGAAAGAAGGAUCCUUUGAAAUUGUGGAAAAAGAGAAUAAAGUCAGCCUAGUAGUUCACUACAAUACUGGAGGAAUUCCAAGGAUAUUUCAGCUAAGUCAUAACAUUAAAAAUGUGGUGCUUCGACCCAGUGGAGCAAAACAAAGCCGCCUAAUGUUAACUCUACAAGAUAACAGCUUCUUGUCUAUUGACAAAGUACCAAGUAAGGAUGCAGAGGAAAUGAGAUUGUUUUUAGAUGCAGUCCAUCAAAACAGACUUAAUGCAGCCAUGAAACCUUCUCAGGGGUCUGGUAGUUUUGGAGCUAUUCUGGGCAGCAGGACCUCACAGAAGGAAACCAACAGGCAGCUUUCUUACUCAGACAAUCAGGCCUCUUCAAAAAGAGGAAGUUUGGAAACUAAAGAUGAUAUUCCAUUUCGAAAAGUUCUUGGUAAUCCAGGUAGAGGAUCAAUUAAGACUGCAGCAGGAGGUGGAGUAACUGUCACCCGGACGAUUCCCUCUUUGACACCUACGUCAACACCUCUUAGAUCAGGGUUAUUAGAAAAUAGGACUGAAAAGAGGAAAAGAAUGCUAUCAUCUGGCUCGGAGUUGAAUGAAGAUUACCCUAAGGAAAAUGAUUCAUCAUCGAACAACAAGGCUAUGACAGAUCCGUCAAGAAAAUAUUUAACCAGCAGUAGAGAGAAGCAGCUGAGUUUGAAACAGUCAGAAGAAAAUAGGACAUCAGGACUUUUACCUUUGCAGUCAUCAUCCUUUUAUGGCGGCAGAGCUGGAUCUAAGGACUACUCUUCUGGCAGCACUAAUCUAGACAGGACUAAUGUUUCAAGUCAAACCCCCUCUGCCAAAAGAAGUUUAGGAUUUCUUCCUCAACCAGCUCCUCUUUCUGUUAAAAAACUGAGGUAUAACCAGGAUUACACUGGCUGGAACAAACCAAGAGUACCCCUUUCCUCUCACCAACAGCAGCAACUGCAGGGCUUCUCCAAUUUGGGAAAUACCUGCUAUAUGAAUGCUAUUUUACAGUCUCUAUUUUCACUCCAGUCAUUUGCAAAUGACUUACUUAAGCAAGGUAUCCCAUGGAAGAAAAUUCCACUCAAUGCCCUUAUCAGACGCUUUGCACACUUGCUUGUUAAAAAAGAUAUCUGUAAUUCAGAGACGAAAAAAGAUUUACUCAAGAAGGUUAAAAAUGCCAUUUCAGCUACAGCAGAACGAUUCUCUGGUUAUAUGCAGAAUGAUGCUCAUGAAUUUUUAAGUCAGUGCUUAGACCAGCUGAAAGAGGAUAUGGAAAAAUUAAAUAAAACUUGGAAGACUGAACCUGUUCCUGGAGAAGAAAGUUCACCAGAUAUUUCAGCCACUAGAGUAUACACUUGCCCUGUUAUUACUAAUUUGGAGUUUGAGGUUCAGCAUUCCAUCAUCUGUAAAGCAUGUGGAGAGAUUAUUCCCAAAAGAGAACAGUUUAAUGACCUCUCCAUCGACCUUCCUCGAAGGAAAAAGCCACUCCCUCCUCGUUCAAUUCAAGAUUCCCUUGAUCUUUUCUUUAGGGCAGAAGAACUUGAGUAUUCCUGUGAGAAGUGUGGUGGGAAGUGUGCUCUUGUCAGGCACAAGUUCAACAGGCUACCCAGGAUCCUCAUUCUUCAUUUGAAACGGUAUAGCUUCAAUGUCGCUCUAUCGCUGAACAACAAGAUUGGGCAGCAAGUCAUCAUUCCAAGAUACCUGACCCUGUCAUCUCAUUGCACUGAAAAUACAAAACCACCCUUCACCCUUGGUUGGAGUGCACAUAUGGCAAUUUCUAGACCAUUGAAAGCCUCUCAAAUGGUGAAUUCCUGCAUCACCAGCACUUCUACACCUUCAAAGAAUUUCACCCUCAAAUCCAAGAGCUCCGUUGCUUUAUGCCUUGAUUCAGACAGUGAGGAUGAGCUGAAACGCUCUGUGGCCCUUAACCAGAGACUUUGUGAAAUACCAGGCAGUGAACAGCAGCAGGAAGACCUGGAAAAAGAUUCAAAAUCGUGCAAAAUAGAGCCUGAUAAAUCCGAAUUGGAAAACUCAGGGUUUGACGGAAUGAGCGAAGAAGAGCUUCUGGCAGCUGUUUUAGAGAUAAGUAAGAGAGAAGCUUCACCGUCUCUGAGUCAUGAAGAUGAUGAUAAACCAACCAGCAGCCCAGAUACUGGAUUUGCAGAAGAUGAUAUUCAAGAAAUGCCUGAAAAUCCAGACCCUAUGGAAACUGAGAAGCCCAAAAUAGUCACAGAGCCGGAUCCUGCCAGUUUUACUGAGAUCACUAAAGACUGUGAUGAGAAUAAAGAAAACAAAACACCAGAAGGAUCUCAAGGGGAGGUGGAUUGGCUCCAGCAGUAUGACAUGGAGCGUGAAAGGGAAGAGCAAGAGCUUCAGCAGGCCUUGGCUCAGAGCCUUCAGGAGCAGGAGGCUUGGGAACAAAAAGAAGAUGAUGACCUCAAAAGAGCUACCGAGUUAAGUCUUCAAGAGUUUAACAACUCUUUUCUGGAUUCGUUGGGUUCUGAUGAGGACUCCGGAAAUGAGGAUGUUUUAGAUAUGGAGUACACGGAAGCCGAAGCCGAGGAACUGAAGAGAAAUGCUGAGACAGGAAAUCUUCCUCACUCCUAUCGGCUCAUCAGUGUUGUCAGUCACAUUGGUAGCACUUCUUCUUCAGGUCAUUACAUUAGUGAUGUGUAUGACAUCAAGAAGCAGGCGUGGUUUACUUAUAAUGACCUCGAAGUAUCUAAAAUCCAAGAGGCUUCUGUGCAGAGUGAUCGAGAUCGGAGUGGUUAUAUCUUCUUUUAUAUGCACAAGGAGAUCUUUGAUGAGCUGCUAGAAACAGAAAAGAACUCUCAGGCACUUAGCAUGGAAGUGGGGAAGACCACUCGUCAGGCUUCAUGAGGAACAAACUCCUGGGUUGGCAGUGUGCACUGCAUAUUCUCUUACUGCCGCCCACCUCACCUUUCCUCUGCCUGAGGAGAGUUUGGAACUCUACUUGAUGCGGGAGCAACAAACAGCUCAGGGCCAAACCAAAAGACGAAAAUUGCAAUUAUGCGGAAUGCUCCAUGCUAAUUGUUCUAUGGAAGCUUUGGUCUCACAUCUGUAGCUGGUUAUCCUCUUUUUCUCCUACAAGAGUGGCACUUCUUUUUGUCUUAGGAAUACAUGUUGUAAAUAUAUAUAUAUGUACAUACACACAC